AUGGAGAAACUUCUUGUUGAUGCCAAAAAAUGCCAAAAAUGCCCAAAUUUUGAUGGCGAUGCUAGCGAUGAAGAAUCUGCCGGAGAAAUGAUAUGGGAAAAGCCGUCUUUCACACGAGAUAUGAUCAAGUUACAUCUUAAGAACAAGAAGAGGCGCAUACAUUCAAGCUCUUUCAGUCAUUCAGGCACCAAUGGGCUUACAUUAAAUGGGGUUCUUUCGGAUAGAGAUAGUCUCGUUAAUGCUCUGCAAAAAGUUCAGAUCACUGGCUCGCGUAUUCCAUAUAGCAAAAACAGCAAGAAAUCACGCAAUGCCUCUCGGCCUUCUCCAAAAAAGCGUAACGCCCCACGUAUCGGCGACGAUCUUGACGAAAUAGAGCUUGACCAUAAUGACCCAGAUUACGACUCGGAGUUGAAUGUAUUCUAUGAUGAGCUUAGGCCCUUCCUCCCCGAUGAUGAAUUUGAUGAGAUGGUUAAUUCUUUACUAAGAGAAUUUUUUGAACAUGGGCAGACCUCAGAAGUCAUCUCAUCCUUGUCAGGACUUAAUCUUUCUCCUUCACAAUGCCGAAGGCUACCCUAUUUAGCCAUCACUCUUGCUCUUGAAUUUAAACUUUCACAAUGUGAGCUGACUUCCACCCUGCUUUCGGAUAUGUAUAAUGUCCUCAUCAGUCCUGCACAUAUGCAACAGGGUUUCCGCCUCGUUCUGGAAGAGCUGCCCGACAUUACCAUCGAUGUCCCCAAGGCUCCCGAGUUCGUUGGUCGUUUCAUUGCACGCGCAGUUGCUGACGACAUUCUUCCUCCGCGUUUUGUUUAUUCGCACCGAAGUGAUCCUAGUUCAACCCACAUUGGAAAAAUUGUGGCACAAUCUUUGCAGCACCCACGCACACUAUCUGAUAAUGGAAUUGAGACUGAGCGAACCUCGAUAGAUAACGCUCCAUUGUUCACCCAGUCAGCAGAACACGUUAUUAGCGCCAAUGGCCGUUGUGCAACCCGUAGCAACAGUGGCGGUGACUCCGCUAUAGGAACGGAUUCAUUAGAGAAUGACGCUCGCACGACUAACAGCAGCGGAGUGAGUUCGGCGAUGGGUGAUGGUAGUCUGUCGGCUUCUACAUCUUCUGCU